AUGGCGCAGGAAUAUAAACUAUACGAUAAUUUAUUUAUUGAAACUAAUAUAUUAUCGAACGAUUAUGAUGCGGUUAUUCUUAUUCUAUUUCCUGACGAACUGAAUGUCCCUUUGCCGAGGUCCUUGGACAGUUUCAUCGGAAGUAUCGCCAAGAAAGACAAGUGCAUCUACAAAACUCCUACCGUCUGGAGCUGCGACUACGUCUCUGGUGGAAGAAUCGUCCUUGCACCAACAGGAAAUAUAACCGCAUAUCAUGAUGCCAGAGUUAUUAAAGAAGCUGCCUACAAAGGUAUGCGAAGAGCCCUGGAAGCUGGGUCCAAAAAGCCAUUGCUGGUCGUGCAGAAUGUCGUGAACUACCUUGAUGGACAGUUGGUAUGUAUUUUAGGUGCUUUGGAAGCUCUGUAUGUCCCUCUACAGCUCAGAGAAAGAGAUAACACUAAAACUUUUAUUAGAAUUGGGUUUCAUUCUGAAGAGAAAACAAGUGAGACAUUUGAAAGAACGGUCCGAAAUGCAAUUGCUCUAGAAAAAGCCAGAGUUUUUGCUCGCGACAUCGCUGGUGGUGACCCUGAGCGCAUGUCACCUGAAAACGUUGUUAAAUAUGUUAAGGAGAAAUUCGCUGAAUACACCAACAUUUCAAUUAAAGUUGUAUCUGACGAUGCUACAAUUUUAGCAGAUUAUCCUCUGCUGGCAGCUGUAUCUAGAGCCGCUUGCAGGAUUGAGAGACACAAACCUAGGGUUGUCACAAUAGAGUACAAUCCAUCUGACCCUGCAAGAGUCACCGAAACCCUAAUAUUAGUAGGUAAAGGAGUAACUUAUGAUACUGGUGGAGCUGACCUGAAGAUUUCAGGUAAAAUGGCUGGCAUGUCCCGUGAUAAAAGCGGUGCCGCAGCCGUAGCUGGAUUCCUAAAAGCCUGUUCUCUAUUGAAACCACCUCAUCUAAAGGUAGUAGGUAUUCUAUGCCUUUGUAGAAACUCCAUUGGAGCAGAUUCGUACGUGCCUGAUGAAUUACUGAUGUCCAAAAGCGGCAAGACCGUUCGUGUGACAAAUACAGAUGCUGAAGGUAGAUUUGCAAUGGCUGAUGCUCUUUUCAAAGCUGGUGAAGAUGCGUUGAAAGAGUUAAACCCCCAUCUUUACACCAUAGCAACGUUGACUGGUCAUGCCAGAAUGUCAUAUGGAGAUUAUACAGCAGCCAUGGACAAUCAUUUAGCCAAAGGAACUAACCAUUCUAGUCGUCUCCAGUUUUCUGGCAGCAGGAUUGGGGAAGGCUUCGAAGUAUCGGUGAUAAGACCCGAAGACUUGGCAGUGAACGUUGGCAAAUGCAAAGGAGAUGAUCUUCUUCAAGUAGAUACGGAUAUAAAAUGUCGUCAUCAUCAGCUAGCAGCUGGAUUUUUAAUAAAAGUUGGUGGUUUAGAGGAUAAAAAUGUGAAAUAUACUCACCUAGACAUCGCAGGGGGAGCCGGAUCUCCGCCUCAUGAGCCCACUGCUGUGCCAAUUCUUUCUCUAUGCCAUCUACACAAGGUGCUUUUGUGA